AUGAGCAGAUCAUUUGAAGCUAAUUGUAGCGAAUUAAUUAAGUUUAAUUAUAAAGAAAGAAAAUUUUUGUUGCAAGAAAUAUAAUUUGGGAAAGAUAUCGAUCUUUACUGCUAAGCAAAUGCAAAUCUUUUAAAUAUUCUUAACAGCCACAACAGUGAGAACAGCUCAGAAAAUUUCUACUAGCUAUCAAGUAAAAUUACUAUAGAAGAAGAUUGUAGUGCUUUCUUCAAAUAAAUAUAGCAAUAAUAUAAAACUAUUGAUAGAUUACUUUAACGAAAACUCCAUGUGCUGUAAAAUCUAAAAAUGAAAGGAGUUGAAAGAUAUAACUAAUGGUAAUUUACAAAGGAUAUAAAAGUUGAAGUAAACAAUCAAAUUUUACAUGAAUAAAAUAUCUUAUUAUUGAAAGAUGCAAAUAUUCAAAUUGAAGAGAUAAAUCCACAGAACAAGCUAAUAGAACAUGAAUUCUAAAUUAUAAUUAUGAAUCCUUUCAAAGUCAACUUAAUCAAGCUCUAAAAUAUUUUUCUUGACAAUUUGAAUGCUCUAUUCUUUAUAAUUGUUGGCUGUAGAAGUAGAAAUUAUAGUGUCAAGUCUAAUAUCUCAGAUUUAUAUGUUUUGAAAAAGGAACUCCCAGACAUUAAUAUAUAGAUUUUUCAAUUAUAGUUAACCUUAUCUGCAGCAUUUAAUCAUAUAAAUAUGGAUUAAAAUGAAUGUUGUUAUUGUUAUGAUUUAUGUGAUCCGGGUAGUGAUGGAUAUUCAAGAGUUUUAUUAGAUUUGAAUACUUAUUUUUCAAAACUUAGAAAUCUUAAAUUAGAUUUUUCUAGUUUAGAAAAGUUUGAACGAGUUAUAGGUUUUGUAGAUUUUGACAUAAAACUUAACUGUGAAAAAUCAUAACUCAAGAUUUAUUGUAAUUCAAAUAUUAAUUUUUUCAGAGAUGAUAGACCUAAUAUGUUAAGAUUGAGUUAAGAAUUAAAUGAUAAUUUCAUUGAUUUUGAUGAAAAUUUUAUUGCAAUUACUAACUUUUUAAGUAGUGAUUUAUUAUUUGUGGAUAAAUAGUAUGAAAUAAUAGUAGAAUAGUAAGAUUAAUUGAUUAUGAGAUUAGUAAUUGUUAAUAAUCUUCAAAUUAAUAAAUAUUUUAAUCUAAGUCUAUACAAAUUAAUGGUUGAUUUGUUCAUAGAUUGA